GUUAACCCCUCAGUCGUCCGCGUUUGUUUACGAAUAUUUUAGUUUAACGAGUGAAAUAAAAUACUUCGGAAGAGGGAAUUGUCGUCGGGAAAGAGUGAACAUUAGAGUUUUGAUAAUUCAGUGGAGAUUUUCGGAGAUUUCCGGGGGAUGUCAGGGGGAAACGCAAACGUUGGGAUGAGGAUUUUGUAGGUUAAGUGAACAGUGUUUUGUUGAGACGAUAAUUGGUGAUUGUUUGUGAUUAUUCCGGAAUUAUGGAGACCCACGGAGCUACGGGGAAGUCCAAUAACCCUGCGCCCACGGUGGAGCAGAUCAAUGCUGACAGAAUCACUCAGUUGGCAAAUAAAUACUGGGCGCCCCACACAACCGACUCCCACCUCCCCUUCGACCCAAAGAUCGUGGAAGAGAUCUACAUCCAAGAGAUAUGUGCCUCGAAGUUCUCGAUCCGUCGAAUAAUGAUGCUGGAGUUCAGUCAAUACCUCGAGAACUUCCUGUGGCCGAACUACGACGGAAAGACUGCCACUCGUGCCCACACGCUGUCCAUCGUGGUGAUGGUGAACGAGAAAUUCCGAGAGCGCGUGCAGGUGUGGGAGGCCUUCGAGAGGAACUCCACACACUUCUCUGGAUUCUUCCAGAAGGUCCUCGAGACGUGCCUUGAGGACAGCAUCCUCGACUUCGAUCUCAAGGAGCAAACAGCACUGAUCGUCUUCCUGAACCACUGCUUCAACUCGAUGGAGGUGAUUCUGGUUCGAGAGGAGGUGAAGAGGCUCGUCUCCCUGUCCAUGUGGGUCUCCCUCCAGCAGGGGCGCAGGGAAUUGGAGUUCAGGAAGCAUCCGAAGUGGAGGAAACAGUGGAGGAUCAUUCAGAAACGCGACAAGCCCGAGGCCAAGGAGAAACUCGAGUGGGAGAGGAAGUUCCUGCACAAGUUGAUGAUUAAAUUCAUGAGGAUUCUGGAGACUGUGCAGGAGGAGGGGCACCUCAAUCCUGACAAGGUCAGGUACUGCGAGAGGUUUCUGGAGCUGGUGAUCGACCUCGAGGCUCUGCUGCCUACCAGGAGGUUCUUCAAUACUGUCAUGGACGAUUGCCAUCUCGUCGUUCGAUGCCAAUUGUCCAAUCUGCUGAAGAGGCAGGAGGGGGGACUCUUCGGACAGCUACUGGAGAUGCUGAAAUUCUAUGCGAGAUUCGAGAUCAGUGAGGAGACUGGAGAUCCACUCACAGAUCACGACAUGACGCAGUUGCAUUAUACAAAAAUCACAUCUCUGCAGCGAGCGGUGUUCGCUAAAUUCCCGGACCUCCGUAGCUUCGCCCUGGCGAAUGUGGCAAGCGUGGACACCCGUGACGCCCUCCUAAAGCACUUUGGUUUCCUCACCCAAGAGAAGCUGAAAGCAAUCGCGAGUUACUUGAACCUGGUGCCCCCGGAGGACCGGCUGAACGACGAGAACUGGUAUCGCCUGGACAUGGACUUUCUCCAGGAGCUCUUGAUCUCCCGCCACGAGCGUCGCGCCUCCCAACUGGAGGAGCUCAACGAGAUGCCCCUGUACCCCACCGAGGACAUAAUCUGGAACGAGAGCAUCGUCCCCACCGAGUACUUCUCAGGCGAGGGCUGCCUGGCCCUUCCCAAGCUCAAUCUUCAGUUUCUCACACUUCACGACUAUCUACUCAGGAAUUUCAAUCUCUUUCGGCUGGAGUCGACCUACGAGAUACGCCAGGACAUCGAGGACUCGGUCUCACGGCUCAGCCCCUGGAAAUCGGAAGACGGUGGUGUCUACUUCGGUGGCUGGGCCAGAAUGGCUCAACCCAUAACGCAAUUCGCUGUUGUCGAAGUCGCCAAGCCGAAUAUUGGGGAGAAACGACCGUCGAGGGUGCGGGCUGAUGUCACGAUUAAUCUCAGUGUCAGGAGGGAGAUUAAGUCCGAGUGGGAGAACCUGCGGAAGCACGAUGUGUGCUUUCUACUUACCGUGAAACCACUCAAUCCGAUUGGCACCAAGUACAGUCACAAGGCACCUUUCGUACCUCAGGUGGGAUUGACUUACGUCAGAGGGUGUGAGGUCGAGGGAAUGCUCGAUUCCAACGGAAGGGUCAUCGAAGAUGGUCCAGAGCCGAGGCCCAUUCUCCCUGGUGAUGCCAGGACCUAUCGAGUCUGGCUGGACUCCAAUCAGUACAGAAUUGAUAUGGACAACGCCAGUCACGGAUCUGAGGACGUCUACGAGUCCUUCAACAUAAUAAUGCGUCGAAAGCCCAAGGAGAAUAAUUUUAAAGCUGUUCUCGAGACAAUUCGAGAGCUCAUGAAUACCGAGUGCGUCGUACCGGACUGGCUUCACAACAUAAUUCUGGGUUACGGUGACCCUGGAGCAGCUCGUUACGCAAGAAUGCCCGACGAGAUUCCGACGAUGGACUUCAAUGACACAUUUUUGGACAUAAAUCACCUCCGCUCGAGUUUCCCAGGGUACGAGAUAAGGAUGAAGCAGACUGAGGAGGAGCGAAAGCUCGAGAGGCCCUUCAGGCUGACCUUCGAGGAUGUCGUGGCCAAGCAGGAGAACCGAGAGGAAAAUAGGACAAUCACGGUGGAGCCACACGUGCCCCCCAGCAGGGGACCCUACAAGGCCAAUCAACCCAAGAAGAAUCAAAUUCCCUUCACCCCAACUCAGGUGGAAGCCAUUCGCGCUGGAAUGCAGCCCGGCUUGACUCUCGUUGUUGGACCUCCUGGCACUGGAAAGACUGAUGUUGCUGUGCAGAUAAUCUCCAAUCUGUACCACAACUUUCCCAAUCAACGAACCCUCAUUGUCACUCACUCCAAUCAGGCGCUCAAUCAACUCUUCGAGAAGAUCAUGGCUCUUGACAUCGAUGAACGGCAUUUACUGCGUUUGGGUCAUGGCGAGGAGGCCCUUGAGACGGAAAAGGACUUCAGCAGGUAUGGAAGAGUGAAUUACGUUCUCGCCAAGCGCCUGGACCUCCUGAUGGACGUCCAACGUCUCCAGGAGUCCCUAGAGGUAAAAGGAGACGUUGCUUACACCUGCGAAACAGCUGGCCACUUUUUCAAAGACCAAGUGAUGACACGCUGGGAGAGAUUCGAGGAGAGAAUAAAGAAUAGAUCAUCGGGAAGUGAAGAAAUCCCAGUGAACAUUGUGGACGAGGAGUUUCCAUUUCACAAAUUCUUUGACAAUGCUCCCCAGCCACUAUUCAAGAAGAAUCUCUUCGAGGAAGACCUGGAGAUUGCCAGGAGUUGCUUCAGAUACAUAGAGAGGAUUUUCACUCAGUUGGAGGAGUUCAGGGCAUUUGAGCUCCUCCGAUCGGGUCUGGACAGAUCCAAGUACCUGCUCGUUAAAGAGGCCAAAGUAAUCGCCAUGACCUGCACCCACGCAGCCCUAAAACGUCGCGAACUAGUGGACAUGGGAUUCAAAUACGAUAAUAUUCUCAUGGAGGAGAGUGCCCAGAUAUUGGAGAUUGAAACGUUCAUUCCCCUGCUCCUUCAGAAUCCCCAGGACGGCUACAAUCGCCUGAAGAGGUGGAUAAUGAUUGGUGAUCAUCACCAGUUGCCACCAGUGAUAAAGAACAUGGCUUUUCAGAAGUACUCGAACAUGGAGCAGUCGUUGUUCGCUAGGUUUGUUCGUCUGGGUGUGCCCACUGUUGAUCUCGAUGGCCAGGGGCGUGCGAGACCGAGCAUCUGUGACCUUUACAACUGGAGGUACAAGAAACUGGGAAAUUUGACGCAUGUGGAACGAUCUCCAGAGUAUCUAGUUGCGAAUGCCGGAUUUUUGUACGACUUUCAACUUGUCAAUGUCGAGGACUUCAAUGGGGUUGGGGAGAGUGAGCCCAGCGCUUAUUUCUAUCAGAAUUUGGCUGAGGCUGAGUACUGUGUCGCUGUUUUUAUGUACAUGAGACUGCUGGGGUAUCCUGCUGACAAGAUAAGCAUUCUCACAACUUAUAAUGGACAGAAACAUCUCAUUAGGGAUGUUAUUAACAUAAGGUGUGCUAAUAAUCCACUUAUUGGGAGACCCAGCAAGGUGACGACUGUUGAUAAGUAUCAGGGACAGCAGAAUGACUAUAUUCUGCUGAGUUUGGUGAAGACUAGGGCUGUGGGACACUUGAGGGACGCCAGGCGUCUUGUUGUCGCCAUGUCCAGGGCUAGACUUGGAUUGUACGUAUUUGCCAGGGUCUCGUUGUUCAAGAAUUGUUUUGAACUGACACCUGCCUUUGAUCAGCUCAUGAGGAGGCCCUUGAAACUACAGCUGUUGCCACAUGAGGUUUAUCCUACCAAGAGGCUGAAUGAUGAGGAGCCCAGUGUACCGGCCAUGGAGAUCGAGGAUAUGCCACAUGUGGCGAAAUUUGUUUAUGAUUUUUAUAUGAAUAAAGUCAGUGGGAUGAAGGAGGCUGCCAAGGGCUGGGCCAAACCUGGGAGCACUCAUGAGGCUGUGGGACCUGAACAUCAUGUGCCAGUUCAUCCUGGCGCCGAUGAUGGGGCCUCUGAUGAUGAGGGGGAAAUGGUUGGCGGCGGGGAGGGGGAGGGGGGAGAAGUGCAGAUGCAUGAGCCCAUUCAGAACUUGGUGGAGGAACCUAUGGAGGAGGUUUGAAGUGGUUGUGUACAAUUUUGUGAAUAAAUCGAGGGGUUUUGGAACA